GACACAAGAUAGCGCUAGCUAAAUAAAGAAGCUAAUGUGGGCUAGCAUCGCUCUCAUUUGACACCAAUGGCUAGCAUGCGCAAUGAUGAUUUUCAGCCAAUGCAGCUGGGUAAUUUACCUGCAAUAUAAGUGACCUUCCGGGUGGCGUUACACAUAACUUAACGUUACGUCUCAACACGCAUGUUUUAAAUAACGGGACUAACGGGAGCAGCUGUGGGAUUGUUUUAAAUAGUAAUAUUGCUUCCGAAUUAAGCGAAGUUGUCAAUCGCUGAAAGAUGGAGGAGUUUGAGGGCAGUGCUCCGGGCCGGGUGACGGUCUACUCCAUCCAGGGCUGCCCGCACUGCGUGCAGGCCAAGGCCACCCUCGGGCGUCUGGGAGUACCCGUAUGCGACGUGGAUAUGGGAAGGCACCCGGAGCUGAGAGCCAGGGUGAAGGAGCUGACGGGACGAAGCUCGGUCCCUCAGAUCUUCUUUAACAACAUUCACGUCGGGGGCAACGAUGACCUACAGAAACUGGCUCCUGAGGAGCUUCAAAGGUUGGUGAAUCUGGUGAAGAAGGAGCCUCUUCCAGCAGAUGCUCCACCACUACCGGAGGAGAAUCCACCAAAGGACACGGCGGGGGAGACGGAUGGAGAGUUUGUGUGUGAGAAAGAUGAGUUGGCAGACCUGGUAGGGGACCUGAAACAUGCCAAUGUGAUUGGCAGUCAUAGGAGGGGACUGACAUUGUACAAAAAGAGCUUCUCAUAUGAUCAACUGGUUGACUGGCUGCAGAAAGAAAAGGGCAUGGCCAGGGCCGAGGCCAUUAGUACCGGCCAGGCGUUGUUGCAGAAGAAGUACAUGGUCAGUGUGCGUGGCUCGGGGCUGCAGGAAGGCAGUUUUGAAGAAGGGAAAGACUCACUGUACAGGCUGCUGGAGGACGACCCAAAUUCAGCUCUAAACGCUGGACAGACGGCUGCGUGCAGCCCCAUCCCGGCGGCCGAACUCUCUCUGCUUGUACGGGAGCUCAUCCUCAAGUUGUUCUCUGACCACCUCUCUGCCGACGGGAAGUCCGUGGACUACAAGGGCAUGUUGGGUAACCCCGCCUUCGACCGGUACUGUGAGCUGGCCGUCCAGCUACAGAGGGUGGAGCUGCUUUCACUGAGUCGGGAGGAGAAGCUGGCCUUCUUCAUCAACAUCUACAAUGCACUGGUCAUCCACGGUUCCCUCCGCCUGGGGGCCCCCACCAACAUGUGGCAAAGAUACAGAUUUUUCAACUACGUGAGCUACCUGAUUGGAGGAGAAGUGUUCACGUUGCAGGACAUCGAGAACGGAGUUCUGAGAGGGAACAGAAAAGGUGUCGCGCAGCUUCUAAAACCCUUCUCCAAAACGGACCCACGACUACAAGUGGCCCUCCCAGAUGCUGAGCCCCUCAUCCACUUUGCCUUGAACUGUGGAGCAAAGGGCUGCCCACCAAUUAAAACGUAUAGUCCCCAGGACAUCGACGGCCAGCUGCGCACAGCGGCUGAGGCCUUCUUGGAGAACGACGAGGCCUGUUUGGUGGAUUCUGGGAAAAGUGAAGUGCGGCUCAGUCAAAUAUUCAAGUGGUACAAAGCUGACUUUGGAGGAACUGAUGAAAAGCUGCUCAACUGGGUGCUGGAGCACAUGGGCGACUCUCCGAAGAAGACCAGCCUGCAGGGUGUCCUCUCCGCGGGGAAGACCAAAGUCAGCUUCCUGCCCUACGACUGGGGCACCAACAGCUCCCACUGAGCACACACGCACGCACACACGUGCACGCACGUCCAGCUAUACGCAAAGACUCUGUCUGCUUUCUACUGAGCUGCAUCUUCUGAUUAACCAGGUUGGUGGUGGUGGUGGUGCUGCUGCUGAUGAUGAUGAUGAUGAUGUGCUUGCCUAAUGCAAUCCAAUGGUCCUCAACCAUGCAAAUGGUUUUUAUGCAAUAUGAACUGUAAAUCCAAGCGGUGCGAGGGGCACUUUUGCACUGUACCAUUGACUCGUACUACUUUUUUUUGGGGCUUAUCCUAGUUUUAAGGUCAUGUGUUGUUGGAAGAUGCACACAAGUUGCACGUUCAACUUAAUUGGUUUUCGAGGUACAAGCAGUGAGCCGAACAGAAAUGAUUUUGCACACUGAAACUUUGUUCUGCACAUAUUGACUCCCCUUAUUAGACGUCCAGUGUAAAAUGUCAAAGCCUGAACAUUUCCCAGAUUAUGUGAGAGUAAAUGAACAGAGAGCUAACCAUGGCAUUCUUAAUAAUUAUUAAAUUGGCAAUCUACACUUUGGUUUCCAUGAGCUCCAGUCCUCACCUUUAUUACGAUUCCCUCGGUCCAAGACAACAAAAAAGAUUGAUAAUGAAAUGUAUGAAUUAUAUUA